CUGUUGUUUUGUAUCACUGUGUGCACCACACUGAAUAUUGACAAGAGAAAGAAAAGAAGAAAGUUGUCUGAGGAGAUAAGGAAGAAAUAAUUGCCAGGCGUGGUCAAGGUAGGGGCUACAAGAUCAUCUCCAAGCAGCUUUAUGUGACCAAAGUUGAUAAUAUUAUUAAGAAAUUUAAGGUCCAUGGGACUGUAGCCAACCUCCCUAGGCGUGGCUGCAGGAGAAAAACUGACCCAAGAUUGAACAGAAGGAUAGAUUGAAUGGUGGAAAAGAGGGCUGACCUCCAAGAUAAGGCAACUUCAGCUGAAAAGUGUGUGUGUGAGCUGACUAAUUCUGAGGAGGCAUUCCCCCAUGACACACUCAGCACAAUGGAGGACAAUGCAUCAAAAUGCAAUAGCGAGAUCACCUCCCAGAAGACUCUGGAGCUGGAGAGUCUGCUGCUGGGUUUGGAGCGACGUCUGCCCCAGCUGCAGGACGACGUGUCAGUGCUAGAGAAGGAGGAUGACGGAGGUCUUUAUGGAGUUCUCAGCCUGCAGGUGAUAGAGAAUGAAAUUAUGGAUAUCAAACAGCUCAUCGACAAGCUCAACAGCACCACACUGGGACACCAGCUCCUCACUAUUGAAACCACUAAACAGCUGGAGAACCUGAAAGCAGAGAUGCAGGAGCUGGAAAAGUACGACACUAUGCAGGUGGUGAAGAGACAACAAGCCAACCAGCGUCUGAAGAGAGAGCUGAACCAGUGCAGGAAUGGACUUCACUCCACCAUCCAACCCACUCAGCCCCAACAUGGUAACUGUCCACAUGGUCAGUUUCUGAACAUCACCGGGCCCAGGGUUUACACAGCAGGAGAGUAUCCUGGCUCCUACAAGUAUGGAGCCUGGGGUCGGGAUCCCAAACCAGAGGCAGGGAAGGAGAGCUGGUAUUGGCUGGUAAUGAUGACCUCCAGCAACAGAUACAGUCACUAUGUCCGUCUGUACUCCAGCCUGAGCUCUCUCAUCGUUGGGGUGAGCAUCCCAGGUAAUGUCCUGAUCCACUCCUCUAACCCAACCACCAACACCAUCCAGGGGCCAAAUGUUGUUAUGUAUGGUGAGGCCUUAUACUACAACUGUUACAACCAAGAUGCUGUUUGUCGUUUCAACCUCAGCACUAAAACUGUUACCACAUUACAACUACCCAAAGGCACCAGAUUUAACUCAAAGGGUAACUUCUGCCACCUUGAUGAAUGCUACCCGUACACCGACCUGGACCUGGCAACAGAUGAGUCUGGGGUCUGGGUGAUCUACACCACCAGCCAGGACUUUGGCAACCUGGUGCUUUCCAAGGUGGAGGAGGGUGAACAGUUGAUGCUCGGCCAAACCUGGCACACAUCGGUCUACAAGCUGGGGGUAACCAACACCUUCAUUGCCUGCGGCGUGCUCUACGUGACACGGUUCGUCAACAAAGAUGUGGAGGAGAUCUUCUAUUCCUUUGACACUGUGACAGGGGAGGAGAAGUUCAACAUUGGUGUCUUCAUCAGCAAGAUGGCUCCCAACAUUUAUGCCCUGAAUUACAGCCCUGUGGACCAGAUGCUACAUGCCUAUUGUGACUCCUAUAUGGUCUCCUACAAGGUUUUGUUUGGGUAAAUGGAUAAUUUUCCAUAAAAGCCUGUAUUUAAAUAAUGGAUCCAGUAAUAGUGAGUAGCACCAACAAAUAAAGUUUAGUCAAAUAAAAAAGAGGGGUGUGAAAUUACCUGUACUAUACAUAUUAAAUUUACAUGAUAAAUUCACCAUAAUGUUUAUUUACAUUCUACUAAUUCCAUCAGAAUAAAAACAUAUAAUGUCA